GUUUUGGUGAUGUCAGAUGAAACAGUACAAGUUCUAUUUUUAAUUGAGUGACAUGGAAAUAAUUGGACAAAGUCAAUGGCAGUCAGUCAAAGUUAAAAAAGCGACAGACGAUCAAGAAACAAACCCAGGAACAACCAGUAGAAUUCAGCCAACCCAUGAAUGUCUAAAAUUCAAAUGUCUAAAACUCCAUCUAUAUUAACAUACAGCUUACCUAUAGAGGACUGUGAGCGUGAUGGUCUAUGUCAUUUCUGUUUGUCUCUUUUGUGUACAUCUUCCCCAGUUUCUCCCUCAGUCUCUCAAUACAUAAAUGACAGAUUUUGUUUCAGCUAUGGGCAUGAACAAGUAACAUUUUUCCCCCAUGUAAACUAACUGAAUCAAUAUGAGAGUUCCUGAACUACGAACAACUAUGAACUAUGAACUAUGAACUAUGAACUAUGAACAAUGAACUACAGUUACUCUCUCGUUUUGUCUCCCUCUUUCUUUCGCUCUCUUUCACACCAUGGUCACCAUGGCCACCGUGUUAUUCUGCCUUCCCUCCUCUCCUUCUGUUCUUCUGCCUUUGUACCUAUCCAUUUCCCCUCCUCCAUAAUUACUUGUCAUUCUGUCUUCACUUCAAUUUCUCACUGUUGUUACUCCUGGCUCUCAUGUUCUCAUCCUUUCAUUCUAUUUUUGACCACCCAAAACACAUUCCUCCAUCUCUCUCCCUCCCCCCCUCGGCUGCCACCUUUUCUCUCUCAGACUAUGACGACUAUUAUGACGUACACCCGUGGGGGUGGGGCCGCCGGGCGGGCGGCUCUCGCAUGAGGAUGCCAUUGCGGCUUUUGCUGUGGGAGCACGCCUCUUCCUCCUCCACCUCCUCCUUCUGCACUACCUCCUCCUCCUCCUCCUCCUCCUCUAUCACCUCGUCGCCCUCCUGCCCGUCCUCGCGGUGGUGGCCAAUGGCGGUGGCGCCCUUCACGUUCUCCUCCUCCGUCUCCUCACCGCUGCUGCUGCUGCCGGCGAUACCGGUCCCGCAAGGCCAGUCGCCGCACCCGGCAGAAGGCAUGGUCACGCUGGAACAGAAGACCACCUUCUUCUUGGUGUCCUUCCUCUUCAUAAUGCUGGGCGUGCUCAUCGUGCGCUGUUUCCGCAUCCUGCUGGACCCCUACCGCAGCAUGCCCACCUCCACCUGGGCUGACGGCCUCGACGGCCUCGAGAAGGGACAGUUCGACAACACACUGGCAUAGAGGGGAGGGGUCCACCUUGGCCAACGGCCUCGACAGACUGUAGAAGGGACAGUUUUUGCACCUGGAUGGCCUCAAGAACACACUGAUGCAGGGGCAGGAGGGCCUCGAGAAGGGACAGUUUGACUACACCCUGGCGUAGAGGGGAGGGGUCCACACGUGCUGACAGACCCUGGAGAAGGGCCAGUUUGACUACACGAUGGCAUAGAGUGUGUGUGUGUGGGAGGGGGGGGAGUGUGCAUCUGGAUGGCCUCAAGAGCACACUGACGCAGGGGGGGAACACACACCGAAGGCCUAGAGAAGGGACAGUUUGACAUCACACUGGCGCAGAUAGUGUUUUAACGUGAGGGUUAAAGAGUGGGCAAGUGCUCAUUGAGAUACGUGUGUUACAUACAUUAGACUACACAGAAAUCUGUAGAGAUAUACAUAUAAAUAGAUGUAGACAAAAACACACACACACACACACACACACACAAACCCAUAUGUAAGGGACAUGAUGAUGAGGAGAUGUUGAUACAGAGGCUAUAAAAGGAAAUGCCUAUAGAAACAGAUUCUUCCCAUAGGUAUAGGAUUGUAUAGAUUGAUUACUGGUACUUUGUUCCCACUUCCCAGCCUACUGCCUUCUGGAGACCCAAUGACAUAGGUUAUAAUGGACACUACUUAAAGCAUCUUAAUGCCUUUACUGAAUGCAUUUACUGAAUGGUGAUAGAGUGACUUAAACAUGCCGUUUUGAUAACUUUCUCCACCAAGGCAUUUCUAGGAAAGGGAAUUUCUAUUGUAUCCUGCUCUGUUUCUAUGUAUCUCACCUGGGUACAAACAUAGAUAUGUAGGUAUUGACACACAUGAACAAACAGAGAGAGACAAAGAUACACGUAUGUGUUUUAAGGGUGGAGAUGUUAGGAGAUGUGCUUAUGUAAUGUAAUGGUAGCACACACACAAGGGUGUAAGAGAGGGCAGGUGAAUACUAACAUGCUCAGUACUUGCACCCCUUCCAGAGUAUAGAGUAUAGUAGAUGCAGGUGCAUGACUGCACAGAGACCGAUGCAAGUACACACUGAUACGGGGAAGUUGAAAGGAACAGCCUUCCUGUUGGUAGUCUACUAAUCUAGAAAAAGACUCUCGCCACUAACCAACGCACUGGAGGUUUACAUGUGUUUAUUCAGAUGUCCUCCAAAAGAUCACCACCUGCAAACACACACACCUGCUCUCCGACACACUUGUGUUCACACUCUAAAACACACACGCACACACACACACAGAGAGAGAGAGAGAGAGAGAGAGAGAGAGAGAGACACACACAUGAGCCAAAUACAUGCACUCCUUGGACAAACAUUUGCGCACACACACACCUUUUGUAUUUACAGGGUGUUGUUUGAGAGGAACUCUGCUUGGACGCUCUAUCACGAGAGGCUGCAAAUAGCCUCAGGCCCAUUCCAGUGGCCCGACUGAAGGCUCCAGUCCUACAGGGUAGUUCUCUUUUUACCUCAUCUCUCUCUCUCUCUCUCUCUCUUUCUCUCUCUCUCCUUGUUUCCCUCUAUCUCGUUUUGCCUCUCUGCAGACUGUGUGCCACUGCACAGACUGCUCAGUAAAUGUUCCAACUCCAGCACUUUGAAAAUUCCCACCAAUGCACUGAGGCACAUAAAGUGUUUGCAGACUGGCAUUGACAAACGAGUGAUCCUUAUCUAUGGAAUGGUGCGCUUUAUCAGCGGCCCUCCAAGCAGAAAGUCAUCAAUGGAACUUUCAGCGUUCGUUUUGACUUCCCUGAUUGGAUUCUUGGGCCCACUGGCUAAUCACAAAAUGUCAUCCCCUUCUAUCACUUAGCAGUAAACACGGCGCAUUCGUUUUGAUUACGGAUCUCACAUUCCGCGGCUGCUCCACUGAACUGACUGAUUAGCACAAUAAUAAAAAAAAUAAAAAACCAUAACAGGGAGCGAUUUCAUGUCAGUGGCUGUGAUUAAGUGCUCGGAAUCCCAUUCAUCUGUUUAGAAUGCGAUUAAUAUCUUGCAGUUUCACUUCUGUUCAUCCUGAGCAAAUAACACACGACGGAAGAAAUAUACACUAAAUUGCUAUGGGAACAAAAAAAUGAUAUACUGUAUGUACACCCUUAACACAUUGCAGAGGGAUUCACAAUGAGAAAACUACUGCCAGUCUCAUCCAGGUUGGGUAACAAAUUACUUUUAUUAGGGUUUUCUGAGCCCCCGUAUGGCUGUCAUUACUCAAACUCUACCUUCGGUGUAUUGUGAGGGAGUCCAUACGGUGGUGUGUAGAGCCAUUUUAGUGCCAUUUAAAAGCCCUUCCCCGGUACUUUUGAACACCCCAUUGCUCCCCUGAUGACCAGGAUCUGCUUUGCAGAUCGACAGUAAUGAAAUGCCUCAGUUCGCGCUCUGACUCAUUGCACAUGUCUAAUAACUUUAUCUAAGUGUUAGUUUAAGAGUCAACGAGUCAAGGAGAUCCCAUUUGAUUUAGUGUUUGGAUGUGGUCUUUGUCCACCAUUUGAAAGAUUAUUUUGGUGAACGCUGUUUUAGAGAAUUCAUUCGUCAGUCUUUGUAAAUUAAAAAUGGUUCAGCGGCUGUUGAUGUGGAAUCGCUAACUUCGUCCUCCCAAAGGCCACCUGGUGUGAUGUUGGGUUCGAUGCCUACGUGCCGGACCCCACAUCCAAUGAUAUUUUUGUUAUUGCACUAUAUUUCUCAUCUGUGAGCCACAGUCACUGCUACGAGUGAGUCGAUGAGGUUGUCCAAAUGUUGCCGAAAGACAAGCACUGUAUCACAAGUCAGACAGGUGUGUGGCUUGGAGCAAUGAACUGAGCUUGAUUGAACUCUCAACGAUGUCAUCAGGUGUUCACUUCCUGUCAGUUGCCGUACUGUUAAAAAAGACUCUGGAAGACCUGCCACCCCUCGGUCACCCAUCUGCACUUCUUCUUCCUUUAGACUGACUGCAGGCUGUGUUCACACACACACACACACACACACACUUUUAUACACGCACGCACGCACGCAUGCACACACACACACACACACACCUACACACGCACACACACACACACACACACACACUAACGUGCGCUGCCGUGACUGUUGGCCCCCUGUAAAGCAUUAUUCUCCUGAGGAGAACUGCUUCUCUUUGAAUAGGCUUGUAUUCAACGCAAAGCAGUUUAGCAGUGCUGUGCUGAACACGUGCUUAUGUGUAUGUGUCAUCCAAAAAACAAACAAAAAAUAAAUAAAUCUGAUGUCCAAGUAUAUCAAACAACUUCCAACUUACAGGGUUUUUUUCGUGGACAAAGGGAUGUGUGUGUGCCCUUACUUGUGAUUGUAGAGAUUUGUAGACCUGCCUACUGUUAACGAUUCAAAUUUCUGUCUUCAUUGCACUAGAGAACAAGUUUAAAAAAGAAAGUCUAUUUUCAGUCUGUGAAAUAAAAUGCAUAGAUGGUCUCUAGAUCAGUCUGUGUGGUUCCUUAAAAGAGUGUGUGCUGAAAUUGAUGGUGAUUGAUAAUAAGUCCUGUUGAAACAACCGUGCAGCCACUUCCUGGUGUGUUCCACAGCUACAUUUGUGUGCUAAGAAUAACUAUUAAUAAACUGUUUCCCUGUU